UUAAACACACUUUGUUACAUUGUAACAAGUUUUAGUGUAGUCUCUAGGGCAUGGAUGUAUCGAUAUGGGAUAUGCAUGUUUUUUUAUAUUUUAUCUAGCAGAUGGAGUAAUUGUCAUUACUACUGUUGAGAUGAUAGCAUGAAGACAAAGAUGUAAGAUGUCAUUCACCUCAAAUGACCUGGAGUACUUUGGGGCAAUAACCAGAGACAACCUAGUCCUGACUGUCCUGCCAGUCAGAUUAUGGUUAAUCUGGAUGCGGGAUAAAGCUGCCUGUCUGCUUCUGUCUGCUUCACACACAGCUCUAAGUGUCAUUAACUAACAGUCCCGAGGGAAAAUGUGGUAGCCGGUCUAUCGUCAUGCCAUUGAGCAUGUAGUAGCCUAAACAUACAUGGAAACACCAGUUCCCUAGAAUGUGUUAUGAUGCUGGUAGAUCCUGCACACAUGUGUCUCACUUUUAAUUCCCAUGCUUGUAAUGCCUGUCACCUAGAAAUCCAGACUGAGUUCAGCUCUGUUGCUAGUUUGUUACGCUCCACUAAUGACACAUAGCGUGAUUCAGUCUAGAUUUUGAGGAUACCUGUCUUCCUAGGCUCGUCUAUAUUCACUACAAUGUCCUAUAUUUCACUACAUUCUCAUAUCAUCAACGUUUCAGUCAUAGAGACUGUUGCAUGUAGUCUGUUGAGGAGACCGUAAAUGUAGGACUGCAUAUCUCUUGCUUGUUCUACAGCCAGGGUAGCUGGAGGGAAUCGACUAAUCUCAUAAGAGGCUAAAGCUGCUUGAGAACCAGGGGCAAGGGAUGUAGACUAGCUAGGGGACUAAUUUAUUGUAGUAGGCUUGCUUGACGUUUUAUUGCAGUGAAAAAGUUAACAUGCGCUCCGUUUCAAAUGUGCCAGGCCUUUUUGGAAUGACUUUCGAGCCAGAUCUGAAAGGUCAUAGCAACACCAAUGGAGGCUGAAGAUGGUGGACAUUUGUUGGAGUUGAUAUUUCAGACAUGAAUGCCAGGUUAGGAUGCAUCUGGAGAGUAGAAGAUAAAGCAACAACAAUGAUACUUUUGGAGGUGUGCUGCUGCCUGAUUGGCUGGAUUUCACUCUACUUUGCAUUCUGUUACCUGAAUGGCCAGCGGGGCAAGGAGUGGAACUGCAGGCUGGUGACACUGACACAUGGGAUCCUCAUAGUAUGUCUUACUGCAUACAUUAGCUUCAUCGAUGGGCCCUGGCCUUUAACACAUGCAGGUACAGAGAACACCCCGCUCCAGAUCCUGGCCCUGGUGGUUAGUCUGGGCUACUUCCUAUUCGACUUUGGCUGGUGCAUCUGCGUCCGUACCGAGGGCCCUGUCAUGCUGGCCCACCACACCAUGAGCAUCGCAGGCAUCCUGUUGGCGCUGGGCCUGGGCAAGUCGGCAGUGGAGACAUGUGCCGUGAUUUUCGGCAGCGAGAUCACCAACCCCUUGCUGCAGGCCCGCUGGUUCCUCCGGCAGGUGGGCCGCUACGACAGCCUGUGGGGGGACGCGGUGGACCUGCUCUUUAUCCUGCUCUUUGCCCUGGUGCGUGUAGGCGUGGGUGGCAUGAUGCUCUACUGUGAGCUCACCUCUCCCCGGCCCAGCCUCAUCAUGAAGGGAGGGGGCCUGGCCAUGUACACACUGGCCUGGGUCUUCAUGGUGGACAUUGCCAAGUUUGCCUACAAGAAAAGCAGGACAAAGUACAAGAGGUGGCAUGAGAUGUGCAAGUUGGGAGAGGUGAAUGGACACACAGGGAAGACUGAGUGAAGAGUGAGGUGACUGGGGUGGAGGUAUUUCAUCUGAGACACAUUGGGCGACCGUCAGCUGCAGUCCCGACAUUGUGUUCCAGGGAUCACCUACUGGGUGGUUGUGAGCGGUGGGCAUCUAACCAGGUUCAAUAUGUAAAAUCUGGGAUGGAGGUCUGAGAUAGUUUCACACCCCUGAGCCAAUCAGAUCCUUAGGGCUCUUUCCCCACAUGAAAACAGACGUGAAAUGCAAAUAAACUGCUGGAGCCUGGGCAGUGUGUUCCAAUGCAUAUUUAACUACAAAAUGUUUUUCAAAUAUUUUGGCAGUCAGUAGCAGUCUCCCUGGUGUAUAUCAGCUUUUACCCUUGGUGGCUGAACUACAGUACAAGUUUGAUGCUGCUCUGCGAUAUUGCGUCCAUCCACUUGCUGAUGGUGAACUGAUGAGUUUGAUGUCUGAUGAACAAUUGAUCAACAUUUGUACAAAUGCAGCUCUACCUCAUUUAGACUUUACUUGUGGAACUCCCUCACAGGGAGUGUUUGACAUCAGUGUUUGAUGUCGGUGGCACUGAAGAGGUUUAAAUACAAACUCUAGCACAAAUAUUUUAUUGUAAUCUCAUAGGAAUGCUAAAAGGAUGGAACAUUUUGUCUACCUCAGUGAAGUUAGUUAAUACCUUGUCAAUGUGUUUUAGUUUUGACAAAUUAAAUAUUUCACAUUUCAAACUAUUUCUAAUUUAAACUGACAAACAAAUCAUGAUAUUAUCAGACUUGGUAUUCAAUAUGGUUUACUGGACCAUGUUGUUUGUGUGUGCUGCUUAAAGUUAAAAAGUUGAUCCUUGCAUCACAGUUUACAUGGAAUGUUACUGAUUGUUCAGUAACCUUGAUCAGUAACCAAAACUAAGCUGUACUUCGAUCAUAUGCUGGUAUGGUCAAUAUUGUACAAUAUUUAAAGUGUGACUGCCGAGGCAAGUCUCACUAAUAUACUGCUAUUGCAACUAUUUUUAAAUUGGUUUUGCAAUACAUUAUAUGUCCUCUGGGUGACAGUAUAUGCUAAUGUAAUGUUUCCAAGAGCGUCAUGAGGAAGUGUGCCCCCAAGAUUGAAAUUGCACUGAUGGAAGUUCCUCUACACUCCACCUUGGUUAUUUUAUGACUAAAUAAUGAAUGAGACUGUAACAACCAAUAACUAAUCCUGAUUGAUUUGAAUUUGUGAUGAGAUAAUUUAUGUUAUUAUAGUAUGUUAUGCAGCCAGAUAAAGUGCUUUAUUAAGCAGGUAGGUCUAGGCUAUACCGUGACUAAUUACCAAGUGCUUAGAUUGCCCAUGCUAUGGGCUAAAGAUGUGGAAAGUCUGAUACAUUUACCAGACAUAAAAUCCUCUGCUCAUGGAUAAGGGAGACAAAGGAGGGAAUACCAUUAGUUAUUUUCAGUGUAUAGAAUACACCACAAAACAGACUGUCAUGUAGAAUAUAUGAUGCUAUAAAUGAUUAACAAAGGAUUUUGUGCUCAAAUUAUGCCUAUAGCCUAAAGCGCUUCAGACUUGAGUCAUUUAGGCCUAAUACUUGCAUAACCUACGGUAUCUAUCUAUAUAUAUACACAGUUGAAGUCAGAAGUUUACAUACACCUUAGCCAAAUACAUUUCAACUCAGAUUUGCACAAUUCCUGACAUUUAAUCCUAGUAAAAAUUCCCUGUCUUAGGUCAGUUAGGAUCACCACUUUAUUUUAAUAAUGUGAAAUGUCAGAAAAAUAGUAGAGAGAAUGAUUUAUUUCAGCUUUUCUUUCUUUCAUCACAUUCCCAGUGGGUCAGAAGUUCACAGACACUCAACUAGUAUUUGGUAGCAUUGCCUUUAAAUUGUUUAACUUUUGAGGUCAGGGCUUGGUGAUGGCCACUCCAAUACCUUGACUUUGUUGUCCUUAAGCCAUUUUGCCACAGCUUUGGAAGUAUGCUUGGGGUCAUUGUCCAUUUGGAAGACCCAUUUGCAACCAAACUUUAACUUCCUGAUUGAUGUCUUGAGAUGUUGCUUCAAUAUAUCCACAUAAUUGUCCUGCCUCAUGAUGCCAUCUAUUUUUUGUGAAGUGCACCAGUCCCUCCUGCAGCAAAGCACCCUCACAACAUAAUGCUGCCACCCCUGUGCUCCACGGUUGGGAUGGUGUUCUUUGGCUUGCUAUAGCCUCCCCCUUUUUCCUCCAAACAUAACGGCAGUCAUUAUGGCCAAACAGUUCUAAUUUUGUUUCAUCAGACCAGAGGACAUUCCUCCAAAAAGUACGAUAUUUGUCCCCAUGUGCAGUUGCAAACCGUAGUCUGGCUUUUUUAGGGCGGUUUUGGAGCAGUAGCUUCUUCCUUGCUGAGCGGCCUUUCAGGUUAUGUCGAUACAGGACUCGUUUUACUGUGGAUCUAGAUACUUUGUACCUGUUUCCUCCAGCAUCUUCACAAGGUCCUUUGCUGUUGUUCUGGGAUUGAUUUGCACUUUUCGCACCAAAGUACGUUCAUCUCUAGGAGACAGAACACGGUAUGACGGCUGCGUGGUCCCAUGGUGUUUAUACUGGCGUACUAUUGUUUGUAUGACUGUGGUACCUCCAGGCCUUUGGAAAUUGCUCCCAAGGAUGAACCAGACUUGCCCGGGUCUACAUUUUUUAGGUCUUGGCUAAUUUCUUUUGAUUUCCCCAUGAUGUCAAGCAAAGAGGCACUGAGUUUGAAGGUAGGCCUUGAAAUACAUCCACAGGUACACCUCCAAUUGACUCAAAUGAUGUCAAUUAGCCUAUCAGAAUCUUCUAAAGCCAUGAUAUCAUAUUCUGGAAUUUUCCAAGCUGUUUAAAGGCACAGUCAACUUCUGACUCACUGGGAUUGUGAUACAGUGAAUUAUAAGUGAAAUAAAAAGUCUAAACGGUGUGCUCUGAUGAGUAAUCCUGAAUAACCUCAAAAUUAAUAGCUGAAUAAACAUUUAAUUUAUCCGUUGGAUAAAUCAUGUGCAAUACAUUGGCCAUCUACUGGUCUGUAUUUGAGCAUUUUCUUUAGAAUCACGACGA